UCACUCAUGAAUUAACCUGAGUGCAUCAUAACCAUUGUUACUAUAUUGGCAGGUGCCGGCAGAGCCUGGGUGGAGAUGAGUUAACACCCAGGAGUCAACUCCUGGUGUCAGGAAUGAAGCACCAACCUGCUCUGACACCAGCCAUGGAUAUGGAAUAAACUGCUGAAGAGAAGCUGAGUGAGGAUGGGAACGCUCACUGUGUGCGUCUCUGUGUUGCUGCUGAUGAUGAUGACACUCAGUGAAAGCAGUCGCCUGAAUGCUUGCUGCACGCAGUACCAUGAAAAACCGAUCCCUGUCCGAUUUUUGCGAUGCUACACAAUCCAGGAGGUCACACAUUUCUGCAACCUCAAGGCAGUAAUUUUCAAGACGGUGAAAAAGAGAUUAGUUUGUGCAAACCCUGACUCCGGGUGGGUGCAGCGGGCCAUGGAGUCAGUGCCAGAAUGUUUUUAAAAUAAACACAGAAUUGGACGAUAGCUGAAGGAGUCAACCUAAAGACACAGAAGACACGAUUAAUUGAAUGUAUUAUUUUAAUUUCAAUAAAUAACAUAUUUUUGUAUUUCUUUAAAUGUAUCACUGUAAAAUCAAUAAAUUGAGAAAAAAAAUUAAAUAA